GUCUCGGCUUCCUUUGUGUGGAUUUGGGAGCAUUUCCGACGGCGCGCGGCGGUGUUUCUCUUCCACGCGAACAAAACGCCGUGAUUUAAUGUCGGCUCAGUGGAAAAAAACAAGAGCGCAGUGGGUGAGUGGGGCGGUGUCCUCCCCUUUAAGCCAUCGGUCCCUCGCUCGUUCCCAUUUCCAGUCCCGUUCCCAUUCCCACUCGCGUUGCGUGGAAACCUCGCACUCCGGCCUCUGACCACCUCGUGUGGCUCCCGCUUUCCCGCGUGUACGUGGGAGCGAAGCCCCCCGACGAGCCGUAGCUCGAGGUCCCGUCUCGCUCUCUUUGUUUGGGCUUUCCGAACGGAGCAGGACACGGAUGCGAUCCUCAUCCUCAUCGUCUUCAUCGCCGUCUUGUGGGGACCUCCCGGGAGCGCGGGCCCGACUCCAUCGAGAUGCGCGAGCACCAAAAGUUUCUUCAUUAAGCCAAUAAGGAGAACAGGAUCGAGAACUUCAGCUCGAGUGUUUUCAUGAUCAGGGACCGGGCCGUUCCAGAGGAGCACCGCUGUUUUUCCACUUUAAAACAAAUGUCCACAUUAAAUUAAUGUAUUUUUUCUCUGCCAGUGAUCUCUGUGUGGGUGAAAACGUGCACUUGUACUGGAACGAUGGAGUUUGAGAACCACAUGACAUACAAACAAACACGCUUCGGGUCGAGUUGAGUGUUGGACCGCCGGACCUCAGCGGAGCUCAGGGGACAUUGCUGUCAUCUGGAAGUAACCAGCCUCCGGUGCGACUUCUUGUGAGGAGCUGCUCCCGUAGAUCUUCACCCCUGCAGGUUUACGAUCACUUCGAAGUGUGUGUGUGUGAGAGAGAGAGAGAGAGAGAGAGUGAGUGGGAGGGGGCCCUCUAUGCUCCACUUGAUCCGCACCAAAGCGUACUCGUGCGGGGGGCGUUGACUUUUUACGGUGUGUGUGUGUUCAGAAACUCAGUGAAAGUGUCGUUUGUUCGGAGCGCGAGCUGCCGGGCUUCGUGCGGAGGAGUGGGCGCGCGCUCCGAACACGCUGGAUACCGGCAUCCGGGUUUCACUGUCGCCUGGACGCGCGCGGUCCUCUCCCUGCAGCAGGACGGUGGACUAGUUUUCAGAGGACCCGAAGCGUCAUUAAAAGAUACAAAGUGUCGAGAGAGUGCGGCGCGUGGACUGGCGCGUGCGGAGGGAGCGCGCUUCCGAAUGAGCCCAUGGCGAAGUGGCUGAGAGACUACCUGAGCUUCGGGACCCGCCGCGCGCCCCCGCAGCCCCCCAAGCCCGACUACUCGGAAGGGGAGAGCGAGCUCCUGCGCGCCUACCGCGCCCAGAAAAACCUGGACUUCGAGGACCCCUACGUGGACCAGGGGGCGCGCCUGGCCAACGGCAGCCUCGCGCCGAGCGCGGGCACGAGCCUCAGGGCGUCCGGUCCGGACGGGAAAGCGGUGUCGCCCAAACACCGGCUCAUCAAGAUCGACUCGCAGGAGUUGGUGCGGAGUAAGAUCCUGCUGAGCGCCGUGAGCUUCCAGGACCCGCCGGAGCCGGUGGUUCCGUCUGCCCCGCUGGCCAGGGACGCUGACUACUCGGACCCGUUUGACGCCCGGCCGGAACGGCGCUCUGCCAGGUCGGACCGGGAGGUGGUUCUGCCUGAGAACAACGGCUACAUGGAGCCCUAUGAGGCGCAGCGGGUCAUCACAGAGCUGCAGCGGGGCACCGGGGGUCGCCAUGCAAAGAGCAGAGCCCAGCUCUAUGACACGCCCUAUGAAGACAGGGCCCGGGGGCGGAGCUUGGGCCGCGACAGCCGACUGCCCAGGGAGGACGAACGGCCGGCGGACGAGUACGACCAGCCCUGGGAGUGGAAAAAAGAGAAUAUCUCCAAGGCCUUUGCAGUGCAGUUUGACGGCCCCGAUUGGGAGCAGCCCUCAGCCCCACCGGAGCGGCCCCAGCCCACGAGGACGGCGCCCGCUAUGGGUGGAGCCGCCAGGCUCCGCAAGCACACGGAUCCCCACCUGCUGCUGGGGGAGCGCGUGGACCCCACCCUGCCACUCGAGAAGCAGGUGUACGUACCCCUCGCGCCCCCACCGGAUUGCACCGCGGUUCCCUCGCGCUUCACCGUGUGUCUUCGUUGCAUCUCUCAUCCCAGGUGGUACCAUGGAGCACUGAGCCGCUCGGAGGCGGAGUCUCUGCUCACCUUGUGCAAGGAAUGCAGUUACCUGGUGAGGAACAGCCAGACGAACCGCUCCGACUACUCGCUCUCCCUCAGGAUGACCACGUGUCUGUCCAGCCCUACAUCCCAGAACUGUGGCCUCCUGCUGAUUCAGCUGCUCUGUGUUUGGAGCUGCCAGGGCUUCAUGCACAUGAAGUUCUCACUGUCCAAGGAGGGCAAGUACAUCCUGGGUGAGAACAGCCCCCCCUUCGGCAGCAUCCCCGAGGCGGUGCACUACUACACGACCCACCGGCUGCCCAUCCGCGGCGCCGAGCACCUCUCCCUGCUCUUCCCUGUGCUCGUGCAGACCCUCUGACCCAAGUGAACUUUCUGAUUGGACAAUCGUGGAAGUUGGAGGAGCUUCUCUCAGUUGUGCCAAAAGUGGGCGGGGCUUCUCCCCCUUGUCCCGAGGCCUACCGCAAAACGAACCUCUUGAAUUGACAGAACCGGACCUGGGUGGGAACUUGACAGGGCCUGGACAGACAGCGCCUCCUGCUGGGUCGGAGACACACUGAUCGAAUUGAAUUCAUUGGCUCCUCCUCCGGCAGCUAUUGACGGUCCUGCUGUUGUUUCCAUGGCGACCUGCCAGCCCGAUGCCUCGCCGAGGUUGGACCGAAAGUUCGUAUGAACGCCACAGUGUUUGUGGACUUCAAGACAAGGGAAGGAGGAAGCAUUUCACUGUGCUACCGGGGAGACACACCACCCAAUGCGUUAACCGUUUCAGUGACGACUGUCGGGUUCGAUCUGCUGUAUUGUACAGUGACCUCAUAAAUAUCCUGAUCUUGUUUAUGAUAACAAUGACAGUGGCUG